CCAUGCACCAUGUGCCGCCGACACGUUGCUGCUUCGAGGAAAGCUGGGUCCAUGAUGCAGUGAUAGUUUGUGCUGGAUGCAGUGCCGCAGUGGCGCUGCUUCACGCGCACAUAGGGUGUGCAUUACACGUGGGCCAUUUGCGCAGCUAGUUAUCUUGUUUGGUGAGUGAUCCUGAGGUCGUCAUGUUUCCUACGAUGACUACGACUUUCGACACUGUGCGACGAAAUGCUACUUUGUGUGAGGCAUGUGGUAUCAAGCCGAAAUAUGUUGAUCCAAGUGGAACACAACACUCUUAUUGUGGUCGCUCGUGUGCUCGAACUGGGGUAGGAAAGGCAGCGCCUGAAUGCUUUCUCAGAGGCUGCAGCAACCCAGGGACUGCUUUCAAUGGGUUUUGUUCUGUUGAUCACGCCAAGAAGGGGAGUGCUCCCCCUCCUCCAUUAGCUUCUCCCGGCCCCAAGACGCAACUACAAACUGAUAAUCACAAUGUUGCUGGGCAUACGAAGCCUAAAGCUCCCUCGGAUGUCGUUCACUUGUCUGAGAUUCCCAGUUCUGCGACUGUGUGGCGAGAAUUUGUAAGGGAGUGGAAUAGCAAGUGGCUGUCCCAGGAAGGAUCAGCGUUGGUGGAAAAGCUGUAUGAAAUAUCUUAUCCGACAAGUAUAUCCGAUGCCAAAGAUAAAUAUCUACAGGGCUCACAAGCUACUGGACAGACUCACGUCUUACGCACAUUUCACGCAUCUCAGUGUAUCUGCGACAUGGGGACCAAAGGUCCCACGCUUUGCAAGUGGAACUCGUGCGGCAUCUGUAAUGUCGUGGGCUCAGCUUUUAGACGCGUCGCCUUUGGUAUUUCAUACAAUGUAGGGAGACAAGGCAAGGGACUGUACUCUUCUAGAAACCCAGCUUCUGCCGAUGCAUUCGCCAUCUCAUGCUUGUCUUCGCCUUACCGCGUCAUGAUCGCCUGCGAUGUUGUUUUGCCGCAACACCUCGACAAGAGCACUUCGGUUAUCGCUGGCGACAGGGUAGUUGUUCGAGUGUCAGAUGUGAUUAUCCCCAGAUUCGUCGUGAUGUACACGAAGCAAACUUGAACCUCGCUCUUGUUAGUUUGGACAGUCAUCAUGAUUUAUUUAUGUAUUUCAAUCUCCUGAGUGAGCGCAACCCAAGUUUUGCUGGAACUG